GUUUUUUCAAAUUUCAAAUCUCCAAACACAACAACACCCACGAUUACAAACAAACCCUCCUUUCUCUCUCUCUCUCUACUUUAUUACACUUCAUUCAAUCACAAUAUCUAUCAGUUAUUCACCACUUUCUCAACCCAAAACAAACUCAUGGGUGCUUCUGGAAAAUGGGUGAAAGCAUUAAUCGGACUCAAAAAACACGACAAAGAUGAACAUGUGAAGGAGGGUGUGAAGAGUAAGAAAUGGAGGUUAUGGAGAAGUUCAUCUGGUGAUAACGGUUCCUGGAAAGGUUUUAAAGGUAACAACUCUCAUAAAGCAGUUUCUGAAGGUUCUGAAUCUCCAACUGCUGCAGAAGCUUACACCGCCGCUGUAGCCACCGUUGUUAGAGCUCAACCUAAGGAUUUUAGACUCGUUAGGCAAGAAUGGGCUGCUAUAAGAAUCCAAACCACUUUCCGCGCCUUCUUGGCAAGAAGGGCUUUGAGGGCUUUGAAGGCGGUGGUGAGGAUUCAAGCACUAGUUAGGGGUAGGCAAGUGAGGAAGCAAGCUGCGGUGACAUUGAGGUGCAUGCAGGCGUUGGUUCGAGUUCAGGCUCGAGUGAGGGCUCGUCGAGUGAGGAUGUCGAUGGAGGGACAAGCUGUGCAGAAUAUGCUUAAUGAGCGGCGGACAAAGCUUGAACUUUUGAAGGAUGCUGAGGAAGGGUGGUGUGAUAGUAUAGGAACAUUGGAAGAUGUGAAAUCGAAGAUUCAAAUGAGGCAAGAAGGAGCUUUCAAAAGAGAAAGAGCACUUGCAUACUCUCUUGCUCAAAAGCAGCAAUGCAGAUCAACUUCAAGUACUUAUUCACAAACCGCUGCCUCGUUUUCAUCUCUCAAGAAUCCCGAGAUGAACAAAGCUAAUGGAGGAUGGAGUUGGUUGGAAAGAUGGAUGGCAGCCAAGCCGUGGGAGACAAGAUUGAUGGAACAAUCCCAUGCUGAAAGCUUAGAUAAAACGCCUCCACCACCUCCGAAGAAAUUUGUGGAACCCUUUGUAAGCUCUAAUUCAAAACCAUGCUCAGUCAAUAUCAAGAGGAACAAUGUUACAACAAGGAUUUCCGCUAAGCCUCCUCCCCACAUCUGUCAAGCUACUCGUUCGUCCUCUAGUCCAAGUUCCGAGUUUCGGUAUGACGAGAGUUCUGCAUCAUCUUCUAUUUGUACAUCAGCAACACCAAUGUCAGGGAACACUUAUGAAAGGACUGAGGAUAGUAACAACAACUCUAGGCCAAAUUACAUGAACCUAACGCAAUCAACCAAGGCGAAGCUAAAAUCGGGUAAUAAUCCAAUGUAUAACCGAGCUCAAAGGCAACAGUCAAUGGACGAGUUUCAGUUUAUGAGGAGGGCUGCAGGUUUCUCUAAUGGAGAUUCAAGAAGUAUAGCUGCUUCUGACCAUUCACUCAACUUUUCUAGGCCACUUCACCUAUCAACUCACAUGGAUAAAAGCUCGGUGAGGCCACGGUGAUAGAAGGAAACUCAAACAGCUCCAGGAAACUCAAAUAGCUCCACGGAUGCUCAAGAUCUCUUAAUUUAUUUGUUUUUCCAAGAAUUCAACAACUUGUUGUCUGUUGUAAUUUAAUCCGAGUUAGUUAACUAGCUAGCUUCAAGAAGAACCAGAUGUAGCUUAUGUUCUUGUCCUCCAUUUGUAUAAUUGUUCAUUUGUGAGUUUUGAUUAAUACUCGGUCCGAAGAGUUUUCUGUAUGAAUUGUCAAUUUAUGGGAAAA